CCUCAACCGGAAGUGACGCUAAAAAACACAACAAGGAAGUUGCCGUUUACUGUGAAGGAAAAUAACCAACAGGUUAAACGUCUCCUCACAUCUGGGGUGUUUCUGCUGCAUGCUCGGGUGCCAGGAGGGCUGAAGUCACCGUGGACUCGCACGGGAGCCCGCUUCACGUCGCCUCGAAGGAUUCUGCUCUUAGCCAGCUCGGUAGCUAGCAAUGAACACGGACGUGGAAUUUCACAUCAGGCAGAAUUAUCCGUGGAACAAGCUGCCAGCGAAUGUCAAACAGAGUUUGGGGAACUCACAGCGCGAGUAUGAGAAGCAUGUGCUGCUGUACAGCAUCCGCAACCAGCUGCGAUUCCGCAAUAACCUAGUCCGCCACGUCAGGAAGGAUGAGCGCAGGUACUAUGAGGAGCUGCUGAAGUACAGCCGGGACCACCUGAUGCUGUAUCCCUACCACCUGUCUGACAUCAUGGUCAAAGGGCUGCGAGUCACCCCGUUCUCGUACUACAUAGGAAUCAUGGAGGAUAUUAUGAACAGUGAGAAGAGUUACGACUCCUUGCCCAACUUUACUGCUGCUGACUGUCUGAGACUGCUUGGCAUCGGGAGAAACCAGUACAUCGACCUGAUGAAUCAGUGCAGGUCCUCCAAAAAAUUCUUUCGCCGAAAAUCGGCACGGGACCUGCUGCCAUCCAAGCCGGUGGAGAUUUCCGUGGAGCCGUGGUGGGUCGCUCAGACGGGCUUCAUCACCGAGGACGACAUAAGGAUCUGCUCUACUGCGGAGAAGAAAGCCAUCGACAAGAUGAUAGAUUCUGGUCCACAGCUGGCGGGAACAAUAGAGUACAAUGUGGUCCUAAGUUUGUAUAACCGGGGCUUUAUUUACCUGGACGUUCCCAUAUCGGAUGACAGCUGCAUCUCAGUGCCCCCUCUCGAAGGCUUCGUCAUGAACCGUGUGCAGGGUGAUUAUUUUGAAACGCUUCUCUACAAAAUCUUUGUGUCUAUUGAUGAGCAGACCAACGUGGCCGAGCUUGCCAACGUCCUGGAGAUCGACCUGGAUUUAGUGAAGAACGCGGUUUCCAUGUACUGUCGCCUCGGCUUCGCGGUGAAGAAAGGUCAGGUGUUCAGCUCUGAGCAGCUCCACCCCAGCUGGAAGAACGCCCCAUCCGUUAACAGGCUCAAGAGCACCAUGGACCCCCAGAAGAUGCUGCUGUCCUGGGAACAGGGCAGUCCCGUCAUGGAGGGCGGCUCCUCGGCCACAGACACAGACACCACAAGCCUGGAAGACCAAGCAGGAGACACGGGCAGCGUUAGCAGCCUGAGCAUCCCGGCGGCUCCCACUAAGAGGAUCGCCUUCCUCUUUGACUCCACGCUCACCGCAUUCCUCAUGAUGGGCAACCUGUCUCCGAACCUGAAGAGCCACGCUGUGACCAUGUUUGAGGUGGGGAAGCUGUCCGACGAGACUCUUGAUAGCUUCCUGGCUGAGCUGGAGAAGGUGGAGAGCACAGCAGAGGGCGAGGCUCAGCGUUACUUUGACCACGCUCUCACCCUUAAAAACACCAUCCUCUUUCUGCGCUACAACAAAGAACUCACUCAGGAUCAAGGACCUGAUAUUCCAAAUAUAGGUUUUCCUUUGGACAUGCUGCGCUGUGAGAGCCUGCUGGGUCUGGACCAGGCCACCUGCAGCCGCGUCCUCAACAAAAACUACAAGCUGCUGGUCUCAAUGGCGCCGCUCAGCAACGAGAUCAGACCCAUCAGCAGCUGCACACCUCAGCACAUUGGCCCAGCCAUCCCCGAGGUGAGCUCCAUCUGGUUCAAGCUGUAUCUGUACCACGUGACAGGCCAAGGCCCGCCGUCGCUGCUGCUCUCCAAGGGCUCCAGGCUCAGGAAGCUGCCAGACAUUUUCCAGGCCUACGACAGGCUGCUGAUCACCUCUUGGGGUCAUGACCCCGGUGUCGUCCCUACAUCCAACGUUCUGACGAUGCUGAAUGACGCUCUCACGCACUCUGCCGUCCUAAUCCAGGGUCACGGUAUGCAUGGUCAUGGAGAAACUGUUCAUAUCCCAUUUCCUUUUGACGAGGAGGAUCUGAAGGGAGAGUUCUCCUACUCCAACAUGUGUGUGCACAAAGCGCUUCGGAAGCUGAAGGAGCACGUGGAUCUGGAGCACCAGUGUGGCUACGUCACCAUGCUGAACUCCAACAACAGGCACCGUCGCAGGACCAGCGACAGCGCCGAGUGCAGAGGAGAAACCCAUCUAGGCGGAGGCCUGGACACCAACGGCAGCACCGAAUCAUUUGAGCUCGUGACCGAAGAGAACGGCGAAGGAAAAGGAAAGACAGACUCUCUUUCAUCUGAAGACGAGUGGGUCCCUCUUGAACUGUGCUUCGGCAUGCCCCUCUUCAGCUCCGAGCUCAACCGCAGAGUGUGUCGAAAGAUUGCCUCACACAAGCUUUGCAGCAACGAAAGCCUUCAGGAGCUUCUUCACUCAAGCCGAAAGCUGUCGCUGAAAGUGCUGAGCUUUGUUCAUUCGUUCCAGGACGGCGGCCAGCCGUCCGACCCGGACAGCGGCGUGUCGAACCCUCUCAGCCAGCCGCCGGCUGAGUCCGGCGUCCCUCUGCCCUCCAUCAACCUCCUCUUCAAGGACGGACAGCUGAAGGAGUGGAGCGGCCGCGCCCCUCCCCCUCUGGACAUCUCGUCUCUGCAGAAGGACCAGCCCUCAUAAAACCAGGUGCGGUUUGUCCACGAGGACAUUACUUCUCAGUGAAAAUGGACCACCCCUCCUUUUUUCUUCCCCCACCUUCUUUUCUUGGCAAAGUCACAUCACAUCUCGCUGAGGACAUCUCUUAAAAGUGGUCCAACUCUGCAUCUUCAUACGUGCUCACAAGGAAACGCCGUCGACAUUCUUGUCGAGCUGAUGGGGGAAAAUGAACCCCAUCAUCUCUUUAUUGUUUAUCCACUGUAAGAGGAAGCAUCCUCCAUCAACACUAGUACCCACCUCCUUUUUGUUGUUUUCCUGCGUGGUUCCUUGCAUUCCUAAGAAGGCAGCGUUAGCCGUUGGAGUGGUGCUAUAAUCCCAACAUAAAACAGUGACGCAGGUGAACGGCUUCGAACCUGGAAAAGCUUGUUGCUUUGUUUAGCCUCAUUCCCAUCCUCCCAGUUGGUUCUGGUUUUGUUUCUUAAGUUGAGUGACCCAGAUGAACCCCAGACUUCUUCAGGAACAAUUUAAACUAUAUGCAUUAUAUUGUAGGACCAAGCUUUUGGACUUACCAGCUGAGUUUGAAUCCUUCUUUGUCUCGUCUCACGUUCACUGAUUCAAUGCAUGAUGGUGUUGCACAAUUCAACAACCCCUAAAAAAAGAAAAAAAAAGAAGAAAUUCCUCCCCUUGUUAUUUGUGAUCAAUAAUGGGGAAACAUAUGUUAAUUGCACUGUGCAGGAUUUGUUUUAAACCUGUGGAUAAAUAAAUGUCAUGUCCUUUUUUUUAUUUUUAAAAGUAGGAUCGGUUGUAGUGCACAUUGUUUUUAGAGCUCUUGUUUACGGAAGGAAAUGUUUAUUCAUUGAAACGAACAUGUUAAGAACUGACUGGGCAUUUGAGGAACUUCUGCUUUUUAUUUGUUCUGUUUUUUUUUUUUAUAUAUAUACAAUUGAGAGCACCAAAGACAUUUUCUUUUUCUUGUAAUGAUUUUUUUUUUAAAAUUAUUUGUUGCCUUUAUUGAAAUCAGCCAAUCUAAAGAGCUCAGGCCUGGGAUCAAAACUGCUCAUUUGCUUUGCUUUUUGACCUUUUUUCUUUAUGAUUUCUGUACAUUUAUCUGAAUACACACAACCACAGUUAAUAGCACAGCAUAACAAGCAUCCUGCCUUUCCUGUUUGAGCUGGAAUUUGCAUGUCACACUGCAUGCAAUCGUGCCGAUUGCAUGCAGUGUGAAGCAAAGGUUACAGGUGCAUCUCAAUAAAUGGAAUAUCAUCUUAAAGUUCAUGUAUUUUAGCAAUUUCGUUUAAAAUAUGAAACAUCUGUAUUCAGUGAACCCAGACCACAUUUUAAUUGUUUAUUUUCUGUUAAUUUUGACUGAUAACAAAACCUAAACUUAUAGAAUAUUACAUAAGACUAAUAAGAAACGUUAUGUUGUAUCAGACACAAUCAUGGAGGGCAAGCAACAGAAGCUCAUCACUAAAUAAGUUGGUUGUUCAAAGUGCUGAAUUUGAGAAUAUUAAUGGAAAGUUGAGUGGGACAAAAAAGUGUGGUUAAAAAAAACAGUAGCAAAAAGGAAAACUUCAGCCUUGAGAGGAUUUGGAUGUAAGGACCUUCAUAAUUUGUUGAAAGCUAUUUGGAGAUGAACGUUUCAUUUUCUCACACAUAACCAAUAACUGGCUUAAUGACAAUAUCAAUGUGCUUGAUGGGCCACCAGACUACCCUGACCUGAAACCCAUGGCUGAAUGUCAAGAUGGAAGUGAGACCCAACAAUUUAGAUGAGUUUUCAGUACAGAAUAUGCAAGUGAGACCAAAACUUGGUUGGUUCUUCUUUUCCAUAAAUUGCUGCAGCAUGGCUUGGAGGCGAUUUACCCAGGAUGCUUUAAUAGCAACACUUUGUCUGUCAUCAUGUAUUCAAAGCCCAUCAGCAGAGUGAAAGUAUGAAGUGCAUAAAAGUUUCUGGUAGACUAACUUAAAACCUGAUUUAAAAAAAAAAAGAAGGCUUUUUUCCUUCCACUAAACUUUCCAUCAAUAUGUUCUCAUUAUGUAAUUAUUUAAUGUGUGACAUGUAUUGUUUCCUCUGAUUUUCUGAGAAGCAAAGCUCUCAGCUGUAAACAACACAAUAACUGAACUAGAUGUUUGACAUCAACGUAAUGAGUCUUUAUAACACGACUUUCACUUUUUGUGUUGAGUCAGUCGAUGAAGUUGUUGACGAUACUGUAAUUUAUUGAGAUUCAUCUGCAAGUCUGAUGACUUACCACUACACCUCCUUCUCUCUCUCGAUGAACUCCAGCUUGUGUGUGAUUGUGCGCUCUGAGCGAUUCUGUUCACACCAUCUUCAAUUGAGGAGGAAAAAAAAUGGGCUUGUAGUCUUGAAAAAAAGGAAACAUGUUUUUGUUUUGUGGUUCAGAAAUGGAAAUGCCAGUGUGUUGCCCCGGCUUCACCUGAGACGUCAUUUGGCUCAGGAUGUGUCGGGUUUUUCCUCUUCAUGAAUCCUUAGUGCGGUUUCUUUUUCCUCCCUUCAUUUAGAAAUGCGUAAAACUCAUGAAGCUGACUUUGUUUUUGAAGGAAUUUCCCCUUUGCAGUUUUUGAGCCACUUGUGGAAGUUAGAAAUAUAUAUAUAAAAAAAAUAAACGGACUUGAGACGAGGUCCUGCUGAAGCAUGAUAGCUGUGUAGAAACUGUUGUGUGUAUGUUGUGUAUGCGUGUGUAAUGUACACAUCACCUCAAAUCUUUACCAGUGAAAAUGACCCUUUACACACACACACACACACUUAUCUACAGGUCAUGGCUGUUUGUUGCAGUUUCUCAUUUUCACCCCUAGUUAUUCAUCUAUCUUAGGUGUUUAAAAAUGAUAGUUUUAUAUGUUGGCUGAAAAAAAAAAAACUUUGUUGUAGCUUGUUUAUUGGGAGUGUGAAUAUAAUUGACUUAAAAAGAAAACACCCUUCUGAAUAAAUGGGUUUAAAAAAAGGGGAGAAAUGACAUUCCUUUACUACGCUCUACCUACAUCCUCUUCUUCAUAUACAUAUGAUCAGAAAUAAAUAUGUAAAAAGUAUGUGAGAAUAUAAAUAAAUAUGUAAUAAGACUGAGAUUUUCCUCCA